AUGGCUACACCAGCGGGUUACAAGCCAUCGCCUCUCGGAUACGGUUCUCCUCGAAGUUCCCCUUUCCGACGACCAGAAUCUCCCGCGUCACCCUCAUCAAUUAAAUAUACGACACCGACACCAUCGCCUUCAAAACCUAGCGGCGUGCAUACACCUUCUAGAUUUGCUGCUACAGUAGAAUCGCCUACUAGCUCGGACGGAUUGACUCCUCGUGGAUACGGUCAAACAAACGAUAUGCCAUUCACACAAUCACUCGCUUCUCCCGCACAUAUAUCGUCACGGACUCAACCGUCACUGCAUUCUGCGGCUCAGGGCAAUGCACUUUCUCAAUUACAGCCAGCACAGCUCCGAGUACUAAGGGAUGUAUUCCAGAUUCUGGAUAGAGAUAGCGAUGGCGUCGUAAAUAGGGAGGAUGUUGUAGAUAUGCUCAAUCAGCUCGGACUGCCAUCCAGCCAAUCCGACGUCUCGCAAUUCUUCCCCUCAGCAGGCCCGCAAACGACGACUCUUGCGGUAUUCCUUAACUCGAUAGCUACGACACUGGCCGCGAUGUCGCCGAGUACAGAAUUACUGUCAGCGUUCUCCGCCUUUGAUGACGACGAUAGCGGUCAAGUAGAUUUCACCGAGCUACGUGAUGCUCUGUUACACACGGCGCCGGAACCAGGAGAGAGAGCAUUGACAGCAACUGAAGUGGACAAGAUCAUGCUCGGAUUCAGUGGAAGAAGAGCUUUUAGCAAGAGUAUGGCCGGCGGGCUGAGCAAACGCGGUGAAGUAUUCAAGUAUCAAGAGUUCGUGAACUCCAUCGUGGGUGGUAAUGGAUCGUCAGAGCCGAGUUCUCAUGAGGCUUCAGAAGAGUGA